AUGCCGUCCUUCGAGCCGCUUCUGCACCCGCACGCAAUUCUCGACUUCCUUGUGCAUGAGCGACUUCCGGAGCUAGCAAAACACGCUGCCAUUGAGCAGUAUUACAAAGUCAUACUUGACGAUCCCGAUGCGGCAAUUUCUACAUGUCGGGCGUUGAUGAGCGACUGGGUUGUUGAUAUGUUUGAAGCCGGGACAUUGUGGGAUGCCGAUGCUCUGAAGCAUCAUAAAGUCUCCCUGGAUGAUAUACCAAAGGUGCCAGGUGCCUACAUCUUCGUCAUCGUUCUUGAGGAGGGUCACAGGUUCUACGGUGGCCAGUCGAAAGAUUUGCGCUAUCGUACCGUCAAAUGCCACUCGAGCGCGAAACACCGCAAGCACCAUCCUUCAUUGGCGUAUACAUAUGUCAAUUAUGCCAAAGAAACGUUUUUCGCUCUGCCAGUGGCAAGCAUGACGUUAACGGAUGGCCCGCUGAAGAAUCUGUUGGAGCAAUGGCUUGUGGUUGUGUUUCGGUGCCUGCAGAUUGAUGAACUGGAGGCAAAUCAUUCUGAGGAGGCCUUCAGGCUCAUACCAGAGGAAUACUUGAACCUUGGCGCCAAUCUUGCUGAGCCUUUUGCUCAAGGCCUUCCGUUAAGUUAUUUCCCGGGUCGCACUGGGAGACGAGACUUCGGUCCUGCACUUGAGGCAAGCAAUGAUCCCGUCAAGAAUGAGUACGCUGUUCUGAGGAGGACCGAGAUAAGCGAAGAGAAGCGAAAGCGUGAUCGUUUCCGGGACGGUCACCCAUUCCUGCCACCUCCUCCUCUUCCGAAACGACCGCUGCCAGCUGAAUCUGAAUGGUUCACUAUCGUUGAUGGAAAAGUACAAUAUCCUCACGAUCCGAACUGGCCUCCCCCUCCGCCACCAACACAACCUGGUGUUGGUCGUUUCGUCCGAUGGCAAUGGGGCCACAAUUCCUCCGACUACCAAUUCUAUAUCAACAAUGUGAAGAUAUGGGUACCGCGAGCCGAUGUAGACCGUCUAAUCGAAGACACAAUUCGAAUAGUCGUCGAUAUCGUCCCGGAUGGCAGGCACCAGCAUGGCUGUGUUGUUCGGGCUCCAAAAGAAAGCCUGGAAGCUGAAGAUCCUGGUCUGAGGCUAGGCAUACAACUCCAUGGCACAUACAAAGGCGACCACUACGUACCCGACCUUCAAUGUAACCGCUGGCUCAAGAUACGUGGAGAGUGGAGCAUACAUAAGGCUAACAGCCUUGUCGAUUGGAUGGAAGGUCUGGAUGUCUCUCCCGAGCAUCCUCGUCCGCGACGCUGGUACUCUACCCGUGAGCUGCAGGAUGACGAUACUGUUGGCUAUAGGGAGUGGACGACCUAA